AUGGCCACCCCAUUCAUCGUUCCAGUUUCCAAGCCCGGUCAGGGCGAGGUCGUCGUUGAGCUCCUUCCGCCGGCCCUUCCAACAUUCACCAACUUGACGUACCGAUACCCGCUGAAGCUUUUGACCCAUAAGUCGCGUUAUAUCCCAGUCUCCUCGGCUUUGCCAUGUGCAUCUUCGCCAGUCUAUUUGUACAUCAUCAGUUAUGGUGGGGGUCUGCUGCCGGGUGAUGAAAUCGACGUCUCCAUCACAUUGAAUCCGCAAACAAGGCUGGUAGUCACGACGCCGCACGGAAGCAACAAGAUCUAUCGGACCGAUGCGAUGCAGAAGUUGCGACCACGGCUGGCUCUACCGGAUCAGGUAUUGAUGGAUAUGAGUCGACAGACACUGGAUGUUCACAUUGGGAACCAGGCCGUUUUCUGCUCCCUGCCCGACCCCAACGUACCUUUUAAAGACAGUCGAUACGAACAAGUACAGACCUUUACCGUGGACGCAGCGGCUACAGGCAACAACCGUGGCAGCCUCUGUUUGCUGGACUGGGUGACGGAAGGCCGGUCGGCCAGGGGCGAAAACUGGGAUUUCCAUCUCUGGCGCGGGAAAAACGAGGUGUGGUCGGUGGAUGAGGCGUCAGGGUCUAGGAAGCUUCUCCUUCGCGACUCGAUCAUUCUGGACGCUGAAUUGGAAGAGGGAGGUCACCAGGGCACCCAGGAGCAGUCGCACACGAAAAAGUUGAUCCGUGAUCGGGCCGGAACCAGCACCGUCCUGGGCACCUUAAUACUCUACGGACCCGUUUUCGAACGGCUGAUGACCUGGCUCCUGGAUCGAUUCAAAUCACAGGCUCGUCUCGGGGCUCGCGACUGGUCCACAACAUCGAUCAACUCAACGCCUCAGCCUUGUUUGCACGAUGAUAUCACUUGGACGGCAGCGCAUAUACGAGACAACUUUGUCUUGAUGAAGUUUGGUGCCCGUCAUGCACAUGGAGCCAAGCAAUGGCUUGGUGAUCUCCUGCGGGAAGAGGGAAGCAUUGAGAUGGAGUUUGGCGAGGAAGCGCUACAGUGCUUAUAG